GCGUAGAGGGGGACGAGGAUGGAAUCCAUGUCGGAACCUUUGCAGCUGCAUUUGCAAUUACGGCUGUGCUCGUCAUGGUUCACUAAGUAUUGAAGAUAUUAUCCGAGUAAGUACUUCUUAAGGUCGUUGGAGAUAUCUAGGCCGUUGAUAAAGUCCUCGCGAUGACGCCCCUUCCUAUUACUGGGAGAUCGGUUUUUGUUAUCGUUCCUCCUGUUUGUCGCCUCAACAUCUUCAGGGUUUGCGCUUCCUCUACUUGCUUGGAAAUUACUCAAAAAGUCUUUCUGAUGGAUUCUCAUCUUUCGACGCUUUCGCUUCUAAUCUGAGUGGCGAUGCUGCAUUUUCUGUUUCAUAGUACCGGUUUUGCUCCUGAUCACAUCCUCAAUCCUCUACUGUCUCGACUUCUGGACGGUAGAGGGCGUGUGGCGCAAAGUCACUUUCACCCCAGAUGGAGAGCAUCCGCCGAUGUUAUGGAAGUAUGAACAGUAAUUGCUCUUCUUUUUUUAAGGCUUCCCCUAAUCCAUCUUCUGAAGCAUCGCAGACCUGUCCCACAAGGGGAAAAUAGGUCUAAGAUGAAUCUUGCGAUGGAUAAGGGUGAGCACUAAUUUUUAGAUGAAGGUACUUACAAAUACAAUUCAACUGAAAGGUUUUAGAAGGUACAAUUCGACUGAAAGGCCUCAAAACAACUACUUGGCCACGUAGAGUUAGCGAGGGCACAUGAUAUGAUAUGACAUCCUGCUCCAUUGUAGUUACGGAAGCUUUCUCGAUGUUCUCAGCUAGAGGUAGAUUAUACGGUCUCGUCUAACCUCAGCGGGAACUUGUGGAUGGUGCGACACGGAUUUGGCGAUGGAGGCUGUGCAUGGUUUGCUACAAGAAGCCUGUGGUAUAAUCGAAAUCCGACAAUGGAAGCAUCCGGAUGAAUUAGUUGAGGACACGGCGCAGUUGGCCCAGCUAUUCAUAGACGCAAUGAAAGAGCAGGAGUACAAUUUCUUAACAAGAAAAACUAGCUAUUCAAAGAUGCAAUCAAGGAGCAAGAGUACUACUUCUUCCCAUGAAAAACUAGCAAUUCAUAGAUGCAAUAAAAGAGCAGAGGUACUACUAUAUUUACAACUCAUUCAACAUCAAAGACCUUACAAAAGCAAGAAGAAGCAAUUGAUUUUAGGGUACCAUUAAAAUUAAUGUUAAAGAUACAUGAGCAGUACAAGUAGGUGUGCUUGAGCUUUACGUAGAAGCGUAUUUUUUACAAAGGCACAAGAAAUUUGUACUUGGAACAAGAAACGAACUGAAUUCUGAUAUGAUCAAACCAAUGUACAACAACAUUUCAGCACCAAGACUGGUAAAUUCCGCUAUGAGAGGGUGGAAACGAUAUUCGCGGAUCAAUGUCCGGCAGUAG